AUGUCAAAAAAACCCGAUAAAAAAGUUCGUCAACAAACAAGAAAGGAAAGAAGUAAGUUGAUUAAGGGUACCUCAGAAAGACCACGAGUAGUUUUGAGUGAAUCUAAUCGCUAUUUGCGAGUGCAAGCAAUAGAUGACACAAUAGGUAAUACUUUGCUUUCUUCUUCUACGGUUGAUUUUAUCGAAAAAAAUGAAAAUUACUCGCGAAAAAAUAAAGACUAUGCUAAGAAACUGGGACAAAUGUUUGCCGAGAAAUUAAAAAAAGAAGGCAAAGAAAAAAUAGUUUUUGACCAAACAAGUAAUCAAGUCCCUACGACGGAUAAAAAUAACCCCGAAAGAAUUAAAUUAGGGGCGGAAAGAAAAACAAAUUAUUCCACUACCAAAGAACCAAAAAAUUUUGAAAGGGAAAUAUUAAAGACUUACCGACCGGUGAAAGUAACCAAAGGUGGUCGUCAGUUUAGUUCGGCUAGUUUAGUCUUAAUAAAGGACAUAGAUAAAAAAUCUAUUUCGUAUGCUCACGAAGGAGGCAAAGAAACAAUGACCGCUUUUCGAAAAUCUUUUCAAAAAGCCCAAAAAAAGUUAAUCGCCUAUUUUCCUAACCAACCUCGCACUAUCCCUCGCGAUAUAGAAAUUAAGUAUAAUGCUACUAAAUUAAUAUUAAAACCUACUCCCCCAGGCAGUGGCAUCAAAGCCGGCGAAGUACUUAGUAAAAUUUUUAAAUAUCUAGGAAUUAAAGAUGUCAGUGCUAAAAUAAUUGGUUCACGAAAUAAAUUGAAUGUUAUUCGAGCCGCCUUUUUGGCUUUGGAUGAAUUAACCGUUUUGGGACGUGGUAAAGUGGUAAUACGUCGGACUUUGACUCCGAAGAUCGUUGGUUCAAUCCCAGCCGUCCCAGCCAAGAAAAAGAUAUGA